UGUCAUCCGCAGGUGGGAUCUGUUGCUCACUACAUCCCCUACAUUUCAAACAGCAACUUUUUUACAUAGUGGAUGCUACACUUUAAAUAAAAAAUAAAAAUACCCAUCCUCAGGUGUUUGAAAACUCUGCAAAGAUGUCUGGCUUUUUCCAGAUGUUGAAGAAAAGAAAGGAGCUGAUCCCUCUCAUAGGAUUCAUGGCUUUUGCUGCAACAGGUGCCACAACUGCUUCUCUCUACUUUUUAUUUACUAAACCGGAUGUUAUUCUAAACAAGUCAUCCAACCCGGAACCAUGGGAAAGACUGGAUCCAUCCAAACCCCAAAAGCUUAUCACCAUCAAUCAGGAGUGGAAACCUGUGAAGGAGCUGGAGAUAGUGAGGUCCCUCACCAAGUAAAAAGAAAAAAAAGAAAAGUAAGAAGAAAAGGGUUCAAGAUGCAGAAUCCGACUCCAUGGCCCCCUCAUCAGUCUAACAGAAUCCUUUCUGCACAAACUAGGAUGUUUUUACGGUCAGUGUGCGGAAAUGCUUCUGCUUAACUGGUGGGGUUUCACCCUGCUCAUUGGCUUCAAAGAAGAAACUUCCAUCCUCCUCAUCUGUGUGAUACACGCGUGUAAACGGUAGCUAUAGGAAUGUUUUUGCACUGAAAUCAGUCAUGAUUGUUGUAAUGAGUUUGUUUUGUGCAGAUGUUCUGCUGUAAUUGCUGUCUGUUAAUGUUCUGUUUGAGUAUAUGUACUUUACAGUGUCAAUAAAACAUUGGUCCAUGUA